AUGAUCCAAACCCCAAUGAUGUUUGGAUGCAAAGUCUGGCAGUCCUGUUUAUGCAGGUUUCAGUUCGGAAGGUUUGCAGUGCUGCCGAUCAUGAUAUGUCGGGUGAUCGUGCGGCCUUUUCUGCAAGCCGUUUUUGUUCUUCGGCGAGUGUGGCCGUGUGCACCGAAAGGAGGUUCCCGUGGAGCCAUGGACGAUGCCAUGAUGAGCAGGAUCCUCUUGGAGGAUUAUCUCAAUACCUUCUUGACGGAAGUGGAGAGCCGGCUUCCUGCCAUCCGCAAACACCAGUCGGUGCUGGUCUGCAUGGCCAAACGCUACAGCAUCUUCCCGCCCUUGACCAAAGCAAGAGUCUUGAAGGACUGGGCCGCCGGAGAGGCAGCAGUGAUUCGUGGAGCCGGUAUGCAUGGCUUGUUUCUUGCGAAGCGUGCUGAGUCUUCCAAGUGCCUACAGGUUCUCGAGCUGAAGAAGAUUAUCCGAAUGACGAUAACUGCCGCAGGUGGUGAUCCCAACCGCGAUAUUGCGGCCGGGCUUCAGGAAGCUGUGGAUGCCCCAGAUGAUGAGAUGGGAGAUGACGAGGAUGAUUGCUUCUCCACCCCGGUUCCUUGCAAGAAGCUGGCUCCUUUGGAGCUGGUGUCCCCGGACAACGUGGAGACUCAGCUUGUCCUCCCACCUGACUUCGAGGAUGCCCUCAUGCCGAGCCCUCUCCGUGACCCCGCAAAAUCUGCUGACCCCGAAGAUCGCCGCCAAGCAGCCAAGGAGCGCCGCCCACUCGAGCGUGCCCUGCACAUUGACACCAAGUCUUUGGAAGAGCAGGUCCAGGAGAUGCAGGGCAGUUUGCCCCCGGGUGGGGGUGAGGAUGCUGAUCUCCGGGCGAUGCAGCGAAAGGUGGCCGAGGCAGCUCGGGUAAAGGUCGCUGAGCAGAAGGUGGCAGCAGCAGCUGCCAAGGCUGCAGGGAAAGGCUCCAAGCCUGCAGUGCCGGCUGUUCGAAAGAAUGGCAAGCAGCCAGUGGGGGGUCGUGGUGGGGGUCGUGGCCGGGGUGGAGGAAGGGGCAAGAAAGCUCCCGAUGUUUCGGAGGAGGCUAAGGAAGACGAGCCCAAUGCUGAAGCACCCCAAGCUGCUCCAACCCAGCCGAAGCCCGCUACCCGUGCCGCCGAUUCCGAGAUGUCCGAAGCCGAAGUCGCAAUUUGCAAGAGUUGGAUGCAGAAGGAGAUGGUCUACAACCUGAAGAUGGCCAGCAUCCCGAUCACCCCCGGCUUCAACGGGACCAAGAAAUGCUACACCCUGAACCCGAAGGUGUUUGCUGACCAGGCGCCGGAGGGUGCCCAGUCUAUCCAGAUUCUGUGGUACGAAAACCAGAUCUACGUGAUGAAGGUGCUGAAGAAAGACCCCGAGAUCAAUGUGAACAAAAAGGGUGGGGCAACAGUUGCCGUCGCCAAGCGCGGCGGUUGGCGGGAGAGCUUCAAGCUUGCAUGCCGGCUUGCUGGCUGGACACCCAUGGACCCCUGA